GGUGUCGACUUCACCACACCGGAAACAGACAGUGAACCUUUGAAAGAUGGCGGCGCCUACACAGAAGAAUAAUAAACCAGGGAAAUCAGGGGGAAAAGAGUCUCAGCCUCUGGUUAUCGCCAAAACUCCGGCGGAGGAGCAGCGACUGAAACUAGAGAGGCUGAUGCGGAACCCGGAUAAACUCGCUCCCAUCCCGGACCGACCCAAAGAGUGGAACCCGCGGGCCCCUCCGGAGUUCGUCCGGGACGUGAUGGGGUCCAGCGCCGGGGCUGGAAGCGGGGAGUUCCAUGUGUACCGUCACCUGCGCCGCAGAGAGUACCAGCGACAGGACUUUCUGGAUAAGAUGGCAGAACACACCAACAAAGACGAGGAGUACCUGGAGAAGGUGGAGCAGAACCGACAGGAGGCCGAGGAGAGGACCGCCAAGCGUCGGAGGAAGAGGGACAAACUGAAGCAGAAGAAACUGAAGGCCAAGAAGGCGAAAGAGGAGACAAAGACAGAGGAUUCUAAAGAGAAGUCAGAAAGCAGUGAGGAAGAGGAGGAGGAGGAGGGAGGAGCUGAGGAUGAUGCUGAGACCCCCAGCUUCAUCAUGGGGAGGAAAUGAACCUUCAGGUCUUCUUCAGGCUGCUGGACCCCAAUCCAAAGACUUGAUGGUGGAACUGUGGAGGUAAUGGACAACAGAGGGGGGACAGAUGUUUGCAGUAAGACAAUGUGGUUCAUAAAGAUCCAACUAGAGCCAAGAUCCAAACAUCUCAACUCGCUUGUAUUAAAUGAACUCACUGAAGUGUUUUUUGGUCACAUCCAUCAGACCAGGCACUGUUGUCCUUCAGGGAACCUUUGAUUUUUUAGAUUUUUUUUCUACCCUACAUUCUUUUGUGAACAACAUAUCUGCAAUUUUUACAUUACAAUUUGACUUAAUCGUGAAACUGUUGGUGACACUCAAAGUUUUACCUGUUAAUCCUCAUUCUUUUAAUAAAUCUGUAAGACUGCA